CUGGCCAGAGCUGCUGCUGGGUUCCAUUUGCCUUCCCUCAGGGCUGAAUGCCCAGCAAGGGGACUGCACCAGCCACAGGUGGGGAGAACAGGUGUCCAGCCAGCCAACUGCCAUGGAGCGGGUCAGCUCCUUCUUCGACUCCCUCUGGAAUCUCAUUCACACCAAGCACCAGGAGGGCAUCUUCAACACUGUCUGCCUGGCCGUGCUGUUGGGGCUGCCCUUCCUCGUCCUCCUCGUCGUCCUCGUCAUCUGCUGUCACUGCUGCUUCUGUAGACGGCAGGGCAAAGGCAGCAGCAAUGGCAGCAGCAGCAACGGGCAGGUCCCAGCAGAGAGGAACAAAAAAAGGAAGAAGAAGGGUGAAGAGGACCUGUGGAUCUCGGCUCAGCCCAAGCUGUUCCUGCUGGACAAGACACCGUCACUGCCCGUCUAGUCGGAGGGACGGAGCAAAGACCUUCCUCCCAGUGAGACCUUCUGGCCAUGUGCCGCAAGGAGCUGCUGUGAUGGCUCCGUCUCCUUUGAUAAUGACUUUAAAACCAGGACUUUCAGGACAAGCCAAACAACUAGUGAGAGCACGGAGACGUCACUAGAGGGCACGCAGUCCAGCAUAUCUUUACAUGCACAGCCAGCAUUGCACUAGGCAGGGUCCUGCAGGACACACACAUCCAUGUGCACAAGGACACGCGUGCACUGACACGUACAAGCAUUCAUGCAGCUAUGUGCACAACAUACCUGCACUCCCAUGCAAACACGCCUAAUGUCACGUACACAUGGACAUACGUGUACAUGGCACAUGGACAUACAUGUACACAAGAACAUACACACAUGCACUUGAAAACUAACCCACCCUGGCACUCCUCUGCGCACACAUGGGCGCAUGCUCCUGCGCAGAUAUGAGCACAAGGUUACAGCACAAUGAAAAGGGUUUUCCUUCACACCCUGGCAAGCUAUUGCUUCACAGCUCCUGAAGACACAGGUAUCCAGCCCACUGCCAGAGCUUCCCAUGGGGCUUCCUAAUCCAGCCCUGCCUUACAGACCAAAAGACGUUCCCCCAAGGCAGCAAAGCAGCUGCCCCUACUGCUGGCAGCCAUCCCCAGAACAGAGGAUGGCAAGAACAGAUCAAACAUGGCACAGUAAGGGACUGAAACCUUUGCACUGGCACUACAAAGCCCGUCUAAGACUGGCCUCAGUGCAGCCUGGUCCUUUGGCAGAUCAUUCUGCUGCAGGGAAGGUGGCUUCAUUUCUAUACUGCAGCGAGAGAGGAGACUCCAGCUGAUGCUGCACAGAAGCUUGGUUCCAGCAUUAGAGUUAUUUAUUUAAUGACUACUAGAAAGGGUUCAUUCGUGGACCAAAGGCCCAUGUAUACUAUUCGGGCCUCGGAACAUUGACUCCAUGCAAUAACUUAGGCCAUGCACCCCCCAGACACACACGCAGCCAGAGCCACACUCCCCCAGACACACAGGCAUGCCCAUGUAGCACACCCAGACAGGGGUACACACAAAUGGGCACACACUGGUGUGGAGUAGCUCCUGCCAUCCAGCUGUGCCGCUGGUCCAGGAAGCAUUGCAAGGGCAGCUGGCUCUGGAAUGGAAUACAACACAAAGACGUAGCAGGGGGCCUGAAUCCAGAUACACUUCAUACCUCCCGCCCACCAAAGCUUCCCUCCCUCCCCGCCCAGCCCUAAGAGAGAUUGUCCUAGACAGAACCCCCACACACACAUUUCACAGAUGUGCCUUCCUCCCACUCCUGAGACCUUCCUCUUCUUCUCAAGCAAGGCAGCUCAUCCCAUUCCCGCAGGUAGCCAGUCAGCAGGCCACAACCAUCUGUGCCCCCUGCUCCAUCUCUGACCCCACCCACGCCCUCUUUGACUGCAGAGUCUGUUUCCCAGGGGUCCUGCCUGACUCCUCCCUAUCCAUGCACUAUUGUAGUUCUCAUCAAGGCUUAUUUAAGUCUCAUUUACAUGGUUUGCAAAUAAACAGAGUGGGUGGACAC